UUUUCUUGUUUACGCAGGAUAGAAACAAGAUGGGAGAUCCAUUACCAUUAAGACUAGCACUGCCUGAGCUGAGGUAUCCGAUUGGAUCAGAGCCAGAGAAGACGAUAUCGAUAAACCAACACUCGAUAGUUGCUUAUAUCAAAACUGUUAAGGAAAUUCUAGGAAAUGAUGAGUUCAACAGAAUAAGAGGGACGUUUUUGGGACCGGUGAUCAAGCUUGGAGAGAGGUCUUUGAAAUUAUCAGCUAAGAUAGUGCACGCAGUUCUCACCAAAAGCAUCAAGACAGUGAAGAGACACGAAGCAUGGUUCCAUUUUGGUGCUCAGCCAAUGAGGUUCUCUAUAAGAGAAUUCCACAUGGUGACUGGUUUGAAAUGUAGUGGUGAAGCAAGAGAACCACGAGAGGGAACCGAGAAAUUUAAGUGGGACUUCCUAAAAGGGCGUACUCAUACAGUAAAGGACGUGGAGAAGCAGCUCAGAAACACAAGAGAAGAUGCUUCUGAUGAGAGAUUCUGCCUUGCAAUGCUCCUCCUGAUUGAGAGCAUACUACUACAGAAGAGCCUUCUCGACGGUGGCACAACUUUUACUUUGGAUUAUGUGAAAAUAGCGCAGGAUAUGGAUGUCUUGAUGACAUACCCAUGGGGGAGAACAGCUUAUAAUUUGCUGUUAAAAUCACUUCAGAGAGCUGUCGACAAAAGCCUCGACAAAAACAAUUAUGAUUUGCAAGGGUUCCCUAUGGCAUUUCUUAUAUGGAUACUUGAGUCAGUACCUUUGCUACAGUAUGCAUUCAGUCAAGUUGUUCCUAUUCUGAGCGUUCAACCGUCUACCCCAAUAUUUUUGUGUGAGAAGUACCUUCAAAUAGCUUCUCCACAGCUGAUAGAUGUUCUCCUAAUUGAAAUCAAAGAUCAUGUAAGUUUUUACAUUAUUUUUUUCUUGUUUUGCCUUAUGAUUCUCCAUUUAAAAGCUAAUUAUUUUUAUGGUUUCAGCUUAAGGUCACAUGCAUCCUACCUCCUAUUUCUAAUGAUCCAGAAGCUGAUGUUUGCAUGGAAGACGAAGCUAAUAAAGAUCUGGAUGACAUGGCCGAUUUAUCCAAGAGAGGUUAUAAGUUUAAAAUUAGAGAUUGGCGAAACAUGUCAGUAGACCUAUACGGUGCUAAUGAAGAAAUAAGAAGAGCAUCUUUACUGUUUGGGAAUGGAGGGAUGAGUCAAGCUUCUACUUCGUAUCAGGAGGAGUCUUUGGAAUCAAAGAUCAACAGAAUCAGCGAGAUGGUGGGAGAUAAUUUAAGGAUCAUGAACGAUCGUUUGUGUUUGAUUGAAAAAGACAGGAAACAGAUUAAAGAACGUGUGACAAAACUAGAGAAACUACAAAGAGUUACUUCAUAUGAAACUCCAAACAAUGAGACUGACACAACUCCAUUUCAUGAGACGGCUUCCAGACAAGGUGAAGCCAAUGCAGAUCAAGCAGAUGAACAACUUAACAAUGAGGC